AGACAUUUCAUCGUCAGAGUUCGCAGUAUUUUGAAUCUGCCAAAUACUUUUGGAUCUGUAACUGUGUUUUUGUCGAACGCGUUCUUGUUUAGGAUUUUUUUUAGUAUAAAAGCGAACAUAUUUUAAUGAAAAUGGAAAAAUCAGGCGUUGAUACCAAUGAAUUGAAGCAAAAAGUGGCCAAUUUACGUAAACAAUGUAACGAAUACGAUUUACUGCUGAAGCAUCUUUCGCUGUCGUACACUGAUUUACCGUUGAAUAUGCAAAAAGAAUUGGAUGAAUAUGCUCUGUACAAACGAAAGCUGGGACUGCACACGAUGGAUAUGGGAACUUUAUCUGAAUUCUACUGUACGAACACCGAAAGAAACAUUGGCAAACAAAUUGCAAUACUUAAGGCUCGCGCAUGUAAUGAACAAAUUGAAAAGGAUUUGGCUAAAACAAAAAGUGCAUUGAUUGAAGCAAAAAGUUUUGCCAAUAUUUUGCGUAAUAAAAAUAAACAAUGUGGUGAGAUUGAUCUUUCGUUGCGUGAUGCCAAUCGCGAAAUUAAUGUAUUCACCGAGAAAAAGAAUAAAUUGGAAGAAAACAUUAAAGUCGAUGUCGAUCGCAUUCUAAUGAAACUAGAGCAACUUGCUGAAUAGAGUACGGAAUUUUGUUACAUUUUUUGGGAAGCGAUUACAUUCAUGUGAUAAAUAACAUUAAAAAUAAAUUUAAUUCAUUUUCAAACAAAAAAA